AUGCUUCUCAGCGACAUGAACUGGGCUAUAGAGCUAAGCCAAUACGACCUCCUCUACUGGCCGAAGACUGCAAUAAAAGCCCAAGCCUUAGCAGACUUUGUUGCAGAAUUCACACCAUCAGCCGAAGAAGAGAAGCUGGUCAACAAAAAGAAGGAAAGUUCGAGAGCAGACAAGACCUCCACUGAACCUGACUAG